AUGGGCGACGACAUCGGCCUCGGGAACUUUUUCCCCUUCCACCUGUGCCAGCGGAGCCAGCUAUCCGCCCGGGCACGCCUGGUUACCUUCGUCGGCGACUACUGCGACGUGCGGGAGUCCAGGAGAGGGCAAAUGAAGGUGGGGCAGCUGCCAUACAACGAAUCCUUGUACACCAGGCACGGGGCCUUCAAUGAGCUCAUGCCCGCUGUGAUCGACUACGCGGGAGUCGAUCAAGCCACUGCCGUCAGACCUUACCAACGCUCUCUGGUAUCCAUACCCGUAGCUGGUGCGCCCCCAGUGCCGCUCAGUGCCGCGUGCGGGAGGCCGGAGAGGACUUUGUUGGAGCGGUCGGAUGAAUUCAUGCUGUCAGACCCAGAUGACGUUGGAUGGCAGAUGGGGUCAGGUACGCCUCAACAGCUCUACAUGGACGAGGUGCUGCGCAAAGAUCGGUCAGCUUACGUUGGCUUCAUCGCAGACGUCCUGGGUGCUGGGCUGGUGGACUUCUCUGUCACCCCAAAAGAGAUAUGCACACCGUUCUUCGUCGAGAAGAAGAACAAGAAUCUUCGGCUCAUCCUGGAUUGCAGGUGGUCGAACUUGCACUUCCGCCCAGCGCCCAGCCUCGACAUGGGGACGGGCGCGGCCUGGGCCCGCGUCGAGCGGCCCGCCGGCGACCAUGACCUAUAUUUCGCCGGGGCCGACGUCAAGGAUUAUUUCCACAGCCUCGAGUACUCCGCCGAGCUCAAGGAUUACUUCUGCUACCCCUCCCUGACCUUGGAGGAGUUUGAGAGGGGCUUCGUAGAUUGGCCCGGGGCCGAGGAGUUGCUGUCAAUGGCGCGCCGCUCCGGCCUUCGGGAAGUGUGGCCGAGGGCUGUCACCGUCCCAAUGGGAUGGUCCUGGGCGUUCUUCCUGGGGCAGAAGGCUUUGGAGAACCAGAUUUCAGUGGCCCUCCAGGGGCGGCCCCACGGGCAGCUCCGCGACGCCGGGCCACUCCCUGACAUCCUGGGCGGGGUGGGCGUUUUGCCGUACUGCGACAACCUCGACGUGUACGGCGUAAGUCGCGAGGAGGUGCAGCAGGCCAAGAAUUUGGUAGUGGGCCAGCUUCGCCGCGUCGGCUUCAGGGUUCACGAGGAGACCGACGCUUCGACCGACCACGAGAGCCUGGGCCGGAAGCUGGACGGCGCCCGCUGGCUGGUCAUGAACAAGCCGGAGCGGGCGGCUCGCCUGCAGCGGGCGUGCCGGCAUUUAGAAGGCUGCCGUCGAGUGACUGGUCACAUGGUCAGGUUUGUCGUGCCUCAGGAGAAGGUCGGCGGGCAGUGGGCCGAGCCUUGGGCCUCUGUCAGGAAGGAGGCGAGGUGGGUGAGGGUGCUCACUUACCUCUGCGCGGCCGAACUGUCCCGCGAAUGGCACCCUGAGGUCCUUUGCACUGACGCCUGCGAGAGCGGGAUUGGCGUUGCUAGUCGCGCGAUUCCAGUGCAGGAGGUCGCGAAGAUCGGUUGCAUAUCAGAGCGUUGGGACUUCGAUACCGUGAUCCCCAUGGGCCCCGGGGGCGAGUUGGAGAUGCUCGAGGGGAACAAUAACUUCCAAGAGGGCGCCGCGGGGGCCCCGCCUGGCGCCGGCCGCCGAAGCCGCCCGGCCUUGGCGCUGACGCAGCGCAGCCAGGGGGCGGGCCCCGCGGUCCACAGGGGCCUCCGCAGGGCGCAGCCGCCAGCGCGGCCGGCCAGCCAGGUGGCCACGAGGCGGGCUACCACGCUGCCCCGCGGAACGGCCCGCCCCCUGGUCUCGGGGGAGACCCGGGAGGAGCGACGCGAGAAGCGGGCGCGGGUAUUGCCCCCGUUCCAACCGAGAGAGACCAGCGACCAGCUUUCCAUGUUGGAGUCGCACGCUGUCACGGAGCGGACGCUGGCGCUCUACGAGAGUUGGUGGAAGGAUCUCCAGGAUUUCGUGCAGUCGAUGGGGGCGUACACGCUGGACACCGUGCAGAAUGCAGACUCUGCCAUGGUGGACUUCGCGGACUUCUUGUUCAUGGAGGGGUUCGAGGUCGCGGACAUCUGGAAGGCGUACGCGGCGGUCGUGUGGCACCUUGUCGACCUCUCGCCAUGGGGCCGGCUCCGGCUCCCAAGGUUCGCGCGGGCCAUGAGGGGGGCGCGCCACCUCGACCCCGGCGUGACGACCCCCCCAGUGCCUUGGGAAGUGGUCUGCGGCCUGGCGCUGUACGUGUACGAGGCCUUGGGCAGCAGGAUCGCGCGCCUCGCCUGGAUCACGAUGUUCACCGCCUACCUCCGGCCAGCAGACCUUCACGCGCUGCGGGGCGAGGAUCUGGCGGCCCCUGCGGGGUCCAGCCAGUGGUGGGCCCUCAACCUGCACCCGGCUGGGCGCGGCGACGAGUCGAAGGUCGGCCUGAGCGACGAGAGCUUGCUGUUGGACGCGCCGCACCUCCCAGGCCUCGGCGCAGCGUUGGCCGCGCUGGCGAAGGACCGCGAGGGCGAGAAGCUUUUCGACAUCUCGCCGGCGGAGCUGCUGAGGCUGUGGAACCUCGCCCUCGUCGGCAUCGGGCUCCCCGCCAGGCAGAGGUACGUGCAGUACCAGCUGCGCCACGGCGGACCCAGCCAUGACCGCCUGACGAAGACCCGAAGCGUGAAGGAGGUGUGGCGGAGGGGUCGCUGGGCGAGCGCCAAGUCUGUCAAAAGAUACGAGGCCAGCGCGCGGGUGCAACAGGAGAUGCAGAGGCUUCCAGCCGCCGUGCGCGCCUACGUCGAGCGGGUCAUUUACAUCGACACCUGGGUCGAGGCGCUCUCGCAGACAGCGAUAGGAG